GCUUACAGAAAAUGGCACCUCAUUAAAUUUGACCGUAACCCAAGGACAUUUCCGCCAUUCCAUACUUCACUAAUAAUUCCAAUUUUCCAAACAUUAUCCACACCCACCACCUCCCCAUCUUCGUAAUAAUACCACAGAUCUUUGCUUUAAUGUUCCUUUGACCCCACAUUUCCCUACAUAAUUACAAAAUAACAGCUAGAGAGAGACUCAACUCAGUUUUUUCGUGAUUUCAUUUCAUUUCUAACUUUUUCUUUCAUCUUUUAUUAAUAAAUCGCUGUCAUUUCUCGAUGUUUGCGUUUGUUCUUCUUCGAAUGUCUCGCGAUCUUCCUUGUUAAAUUCCGGCCGUUCAGUUACCGGAAAGUUCAUCAUUCUUCGCCGGCGAACAGAUUUUUUUUUUUUGUAUUUUGAUCAGCAUGAGUAGCGUACAGAAUACAGUAGAUACGGUAAAUGCUGCUGCUACUGCCAUAGUUACUGCAGAGAGUAGAGUUCAACCCUCUUCAGUUCAGAAGAGAAGAUGGGGAAGCUGCUGGAGUCUAUACUGGUGUUUUGGUUCUUACAAGCACAGCAAACGAAUUGGUCAUGCCGUCCUUGUACCUGAACCUGCGGCACCUGGACCUGCUGUUCCAGUUACUGAAAAUCCAAACCGCUCAGCCACCAUUGUAAUUCCUUUUAUAGCUCCUCCCUCUUCUCCUGCAUCCUUUCUUCCAUCUGAUCCUCCUUCUGCUACCCAGUCGCCCGCUGGAUUACUCUCUCUCAAAUCCUUCUCUAUUAAUGCAUAUUCUCCCGGUGGGACUGCAUCUAUUUUUGCAAUUGGUCCCUAUGCUCAUGAAACACAGUUAGUUUCCCCACCUGUUUUUUCUACCUUCACCACUGAACCAUCUACUGCUAAUUUUACUCCCCCACCUGAGCCGGUGCAUAUGACAACACCACCUUCACCAGAAGUGCCUUUUGCUCAGCUUUUGACAUCAUCUCUGGCCCGCAAUAGAAGAUAUAGUGGUUCCAAUUAUAAGUUCCCGUUAUCCCAGUAUGAGUUUGUGCCUUAUCAAGAUCCAGGAAGUCCAGGUAGUAGUCUAAUAUCUCCAGGUUCAGUAGUAUCAAAUUCUGGCACCUCCUCACCUUUCCCUGGCAAAUGCCCUAUAAUUGAGUUCCGUAAGGGGGAACCUCCAAAAUUUCUUGGUUAUGAACAUUUCUCCACUCGCAAAUGGGGUUCAAGGGUUGGCUCAGGAUCUUUGACACCGAGUGGCUGGGGCUCUAGGCUGGGCUCUGGAACUCUGACCCCAAAUGGUGGGAUAUCAAGGCUAGGUUCUGGGACUGUGACUCCAAAUGGUGGGGAACCACCUUCCCGAGAUUGUUACAUUUUGGAGAACCAAAUCUCCGAGGUAGCAUCUCUUGCCAAUUCUGAUAAUGGAUCUGAAAUCGCGGAGGGUGUAAUUGAUCACAGAGUUUCAUUUGAAUUAACUGGAGAAGAUGUCCCAAGUUGUAGAGAAAAAGAACCGGUCAUGUCACAUUCGCAACAGACAUUGCCAAUGGAUGUCCCUGCCCCCUCCAAUAAGGAAAUGAGAAGUAGUAGCUCUAUCGUCGAAGAAAAAACAGAUGGAUUGCCUGAGAAAGCUUCAGAAAGGGGGGACGAUCAAUGUCAUCGGAAACACCGGAAUAUUACAUUUGGUUCGAGCAAAGAUUUUGAUUUUGACAAUGUGAAAAUAGAAGUCUUGGAGAAGCACAGUGUUGACUGUGAGUGGUGGACAAGUGACAAGGCUACUGGAAAGGAGUCAAGUAUUCAAAACAACUGGACUUUCUUUCCUGUGCUGCAGCCAGGAGUCAGCUAAUGCCUGAGAACUAAAGGUUUAUAUUGGAUAUCAAUGUUAAACGCAUGGAUGUUACUGCUUCUGAUAAAAUAAGCUGGAUUUGAGGCGAAGAUUUCUAAUUGCAAAGAAGACAGAUAAGAAGAGUGCAAACUUGGCUUUAAAACUGAAGAGUUGGACUUGUUACACAUCAUGCAGCAGUAAUUGGUUUUUGGUGCUCAGAUACACACCUGAAAAUAUUCCUUUGAAUAAAGGACUUCUGUAUACACCAUAGAAUAUGUUUGAAAAGGAGAUGUAAAUGAUUUUUCCUUAAAAUUGAGAUGUUUGACCUGGGAAUUGUUCACUUCAACUUGUUUACGCUAUCAAAGUUAUUAUGCUACUAUAAUUUUACAGA